AUUAAAAACAAAACGCAUCGGCGGGCGCUUUUUAGCUCUUAACUAAUCUAAUUUCCGCUAAUUAAACCAUUUAACUAAUUCCCAAAAGCAAGUGCCGCGGCUACAAAAAUCAGGAAUGCAUCGCUUGAAAAGAUGAAAGUGAAAUCAGCCUGUCGGGCAUUUUGAUUUUCUACCAUUUAUGAACGAUUCAAAAGAGUGCUAAAUAUAACCAACAACAACGAAAAUUGGCAAGAUUCGAGCAAACAAAACUGCGUAAAUAAGUCAGUUAAAUAAUAGAGUAAAAGAUUUGCAAGAGAACAAAAGGCGAAAAUUCAAUAAAUACGCUAUUGGCCCAUUGACGUCACAGCUCAUCAGCUGUUUGGCUGGCGGAGCACCCUGCUUUUUCCGUUAUGACGUGCAAAGUCGCCCACUAACUGUAACCGCCCACUCUGAAAUCCACUCCAAAGUAAUCCCCAAAUGGAUAGCUCCAUGUACUAUGCAAGGGAGCGAAUCGCUGCGAGCACAGAGGCUAAUGUCAGGGUCAUCGCAUCGACCAUGGCCUCAUCUUUGGCCAAUAUAACUACUACACCGCGUGCCGACGAUGGAGGCGUCUCCAUGAACAACUUUUAUCCGGCAUUGGUUCAGUGCUUUGGCAUCAUCAUUUGCGGUUACAUUGCCGGACGCUUCAAGAUCAUCAGCAAUGCGGAAACCAAGGGUCUGGGCACCUUCGUGGGCACCUUCGCCCUGCCAUCCCUGAUCUUCCUCUCUUUGGUGGAGCUCAACUGGAACGCCGUGAACUGGAGCUUCCUGCUGGCCAUGCUCGUCUCAAAGGCGGUGGUCUUCUUCGCCGUGCUGAUCAUCUCGCUGCUGGUCGCCAGGCCCCUGAAUUACGCCCGCGGCGGAUUGAUGGCCAUUUUCUGCACCCAGAGCAAUGACUUUGCCAUCGGCUAUCCCAUAGUUAUGGCUCUUUACAAGGAUGUGCACCCGGAAUAUGCUUCGUAUCUUUAUCUGAUGGCUCCCAUCUCAUUGGCUAUACUGAAUCCCGUUGGUCUUGUGCUCAUGGAGAUCUCUAAGAUAAUCAAGAAUAAAGAGGAUGUGACCCGUAAUCCACCACUCUGCCCAGAAACUUGUCCCGCGGAGCAGAUGGCCAAAAGGAAUCGUUGUCUGGGUGAACGAUCUAUACUGGUUUUUAACACCCUUAUUGCGCUGUUCUUCAACCCUUUGCUCCUAAUGACCUUGCUGGGAGUUGCAGGCGGUUUCCUGUUUCCACAUGGCCUGCCUGAAAUGGUGUCCAGUACUUUGCGUGUUCUUGGUCAGAGCUUUUCGGCCACAGCCUUGUUCCUACUUGGUCUGAAGAUUGUAGGUGGCACAGGGUCUGAACGAAAGAGUACAGGAUUCCUGUUGCCUGGUAUUCUUAUAUUGGUUAAAAUAUUGGUGCUACCAUUGGUCAUUCGGCAAACUGUUAACAUUAUGCAGUCUGGCCAGAACUUUAACGACACCACCGAACUGAGCACUUUCGGCUUUCUCUACGGCACAUUUCCAGCUGCCCCCGGGGCUUUCGUCAUUGCGACGCAGUACAACAUGGAGGUUGAAUUGGUCGCUCGUAGCAUGGUUUUCUGCACAUUCAUCUCAGCGCCGCUGAUGUUUAUAUCAGCGAAAAUGAUAUCGCUGACGAAUCUAAAGCCACUUGAUUAUCUGCAUGAGCUGGAUGCCUUUUCGUUUGACAUCAGUGUGGCCGGUGCGGCUGCCUGUUGUAUUGUGCUGGUACUGUUGAUCGUGACGAAGCGCUUCAAGCGAAUGCCCCAGCGAAUCACCUUCUGUCUGGUGCUGUCGCAGCUUAUGUGCUGCAUUGGAGUAAUCCUCUGGUCUAAGAUGGAGCACGUGCACCGUUGGCCCUUGUACCUGCAGUUUUUCCUCUUCAAUAUUGGCACCUACAGCACUCGUCUGUGGACAGGUUUUUUGGCCAUUUCCUUGCUCUUCCUCCAGUGUCGGAGCUUAUGUUUUGUGCUAAAACUAUGGCCCUAUAUGUUGGUGUUUGCCUGGGGUGUACCGGCCGUUAUAUCGGGGCUCUUGGUUGCCUUCGACUCGAAUGUGAUGUCGGGAGAGAAACAUAAUCCCAGCUUCCAGUACGGCAAUGCUCAGGCAGCCAUCUCAGUAUUCAUGCUCGUAAUGUGCUUCAUAGUCACUGUUGGAUGCUUAGUCCUGCAUCAGCGUUAUAAGAAACGCUUCGAAAAGUACAUGACCUAUUCACGUGAGUUAUCCAAUCCGGAGUCGGAAUCAUCUGAUCUGCACUCUACAAUAUCCACCACCAAUUUGCUGAGUCAAACGGAUCGUUCGUCCAUCCGGCAGAGUGUUCGCACGGCAUCCUAUUCGUCCUCUUCCGACGAUGAUGAAAUGAUACCAACGGCUGUGGGUCUGCCGGCAAGCAGGAGGAGUGGUAAUGUCAGUGGUAGACCAGGGUCAGCUGGAGGAGGAGGUUGUGGCUCUGGCAGUGGAACUUGCUGCUCGGAAGGAGCGCCAGUAACCACUCCCUCAACAACCAGCACUGUGGUUGUGGACAUCGAGGAUCUGUUGAAUCGCACACGUCAACGCGCCAGUGGUGUUAACAAUAAAGAUGUGGACAAGAUCGAGAGUGCACCUGCUACAGAAGAAAUACGGAAUCAAAUGUGCAGCAGCUCCUUCAACUGCGGACCGAGUACCUCGCGCCAAAGUUGUCAGACAAUUAUCGAGCGCUAUGAGGAUCAAAAUAGGCGGGGACUCGAGCCCCUGGAACACCCAAGCGACACUGAUGAACACCAAACAUUGAAGCACACCGUCCUCUUGAUCACCCUGCUGUGCUCCAUGUUUGUUGGUCUGGCGGUGUCCAUUUGGACCCUGGUGAUGGAGGGAAUGUCGGGCAUAUAUCUGGAACUAAGUUUCCUCGACGCUUUUCUCAACUUUGGUCAAGGUUUGAUUGUGUUGGCCGUGUUCAUAACCGACAUGGGCGAUCUUCUAAUGCCGGUUGUAAAACUUUGGCGCAAAUUAUGGUAUGGAGCCAAUGUGGUUAGUCUACCCCACUGGUCAAACGUACGACCCGAAACCAAACAUAUUUGUGAACAGUUCCGCAAUCAUCACUUGGAAAAUUGCAAAAAGGAUAUUGCCAAGGACAGAAGGUGGCGCAUUCGAGUGUAUCGCAAGGUGUUCUACGGCACCGAGUUCGUCAGCUGGCUUAUCGAGGUGGGUCUGUCGAAGGACCGCAUGGAGGCUGUGCAUUACGCUCGGCAUCUGGUCGAUGGCAGGGUUUUGCGACACAUCAACAACGUUUAUCACUUCGAGGAUAAACUGCUGCUCUAUAAUUUCUGCAGUCGCAUCUAAGGGCAGCUACAACCAAGAUGAAGCAACUACGCCAAAUUUAGUUUGAUUUCCUGUUUAGUUUAUCAUAUCUUUUGUAUGUAAUUUCGACUGCUGUGAUUGUACGCCAAACAAAUACGCACAUACAAUGCAGCCAAUUGUGUGUGGGUAAUGGUGAUGGCGAGUGGGAGGAUGAGCUAGUGAAUUGUUUAUAAUGUCCAAGUAAUUUACUUGGCACACGAAAGUUUAUUUUUUAAAUGUUUAUUACUAAGUAGUUGACUCAGCUGGCAGUGGCAAAGGGGCUAUCAGCUUGAGCUUUAAAUAGUGCAAUAUAGAAUACUGAAUGUAACAGAAGACGAAAGUUUCCUAAAUAUUAUAAAUAACUUUGUACUCUAAAACUAAUCCUGUGUCACAACUAAAGAGAAAACUGUGCAUAAAACGCUAUAAACGAAUAUAUCUUGAUAUACAUAGUAUAGUAAACACACAUGAAUAAAUAUAUAUAUACAUGCAUAUAUACCUCAAGCCGCGAGGCCCAAAGAACAAAACAUUUACCAUGCAUUUGUGUCGCAUUCGAUUUAAGUCUUAA